ACUGAGAGAAGCAUUAAGUGAGGGAUUACUACAGACUGGGGCACGAAAAGUAAUACUAAGAAAAACCAACUCGAAGAAAGAAGAACCAUUCGUAGUGAAACACCAUCGGACUAUUUUAAAUUGCUAAACAUUUACUAAUAGGUUUUCACCUGUACUUUGUUUUACUAGCAGUCACCUUAGGAUCAUUUCCAAGAACUUAUCGGGGAUAAUGAUGAAACUCGUCUUCUCUCUGUUCGUCAUCUUCAUCGUUUCUGCGUCCUCUGAGUCGCAGGUGAGGGAGACAGAAACCUGGGUGCCACCAGGAUCAAGUCCAUCUUCAAAGUUUGAGGGAUCUGGAGGUUUCCCUGAUGACAAAGACUUUUCCUUCCAGGGAGGAAAUACAUUAGACAGUGAAGAUUAUGAUGAUGAUGAUGAUGACAGUGAUGAAUAUGGCAUCUCCGGUUCUGGAGAAGGUAGUCCAGUUGAUGAAGAAGAUGAUGAUAAUUAUGAUGAUGACAAUUCAGCAGAGAUCACAAAGGUUAAUCAGCCUGACUCGGACAGCAAUGACAUUCCAGAAGAGAAUGUAAUCACGGAUGUUGACGAUGCCAAUCAGGAGAGUACUGUAGAAAAUAAUGAAGUGGUACCACCAGGUUUUCAAGAUGUGGAUGUAUCUUCUAAUAAAGUCAUGCCAAUUUCCCAAGUUGCCACUGAGAACAUUUUUGAAAAAACAGAAGUCCUUGCAGCUCUGAUUGCUGGUGGUGCCGUAGGACUGCUUUUUGCCAGCCUUCUCAUCCUGUUGCUCAUAUAUCGCAUGAAGAAAAAAGAUGAAGGCAGCUAUGACCUAGGGAGAAAGCCUAUCUACACAAAGGCUCCCACGACUGAGAUCUAUGCGUGAAAGAAAAUGUGCUUAAAAUGAUUUUCCUGUUGGGGAAAACAAAGUUUGUUUUGGGAAAGACUUUAUUACACACACGCUCUCUCUGUCUCUCUAUAUACAGUAUGUAAAGAUACAAAUAUAUAUAACAACAUAUAUGCACAUACACACCCUAAGUUGAGUUUAACAGAAGACUGAGUAUGUUUUUAACAGAAAUAACAGUAAGAAACUGGAAAUAAAAUAGCCCUUUUGGACCACAGAGAUCUAUAUAGAAUCAUCUUGGUUUUCGUUUCUUGCUUUUCUGGUUUUUUGGUUUUUUUUGGUUUUCUUUUGCCAAAAGAGUAUAGGCAGUAGCAUUUAUGAUAGGUUCAAAAAGAAAAAGUGUUAACUGUCACUCUGAAUGCUAAUGAGUAUCCCAAACCUGGGUCCUUGGGCAAUUUUGGCCA